AUGUUGCGGAAGACUCUUCGGGAACGCCGCGAAUAUCUCUUCGCAAAGGCGCAAGAAGACAAGCAGAGCACGUCGCUCAAGAAGGCGCGGCAGCUAAAGGAAGCAAUCAAGAGCAACAAACCGAUACCUACCGAGCUAAGGCACCUCAGCGGUGAGGUACAAGGAUCUCUAGACCUUCUAGAUGCCCACCACCGAGAGGAGCACACCCACGCCGAUGACGAAUAUGCCUUUGUGGGCAUCAAGGAACCGAAGGUUAUGGUUACCACCUCACGUGAUCCUUCCUCCAGGCUAUCGCAGUUCGCCAAGGAAAUUAGGCUUAUAAUACCUAAUUCCGAACGCAUGAACAGAGGAUCGUACAUUCUUAAGGAUCUGGUCACGUUCUGCAAGUCAAAGGACGUAUCGGACAUAGUACUGCUGUACGAGCACAGGGGAGAGCCGAACGCCAUGAUCAUCUGCCAUCUCCCGCACGGCCCCACUGCAUACUUCCAGCUUUCUGAAGUAGUGUUGAGGCAUGACUUGCCUGAAAAACCGCCAACAAUGUCCGAGGCAUACCCGCACCUCAUUUUCCACAACUUCUCAUCGCAGCUCGGUGAAAGGGUGAAAAAUGUCAUACGAUACAUGUUCCCGCCGGCCAACCAAGACGAGACGCGUGUGCUGUCCUUUGUCAACAAGCGCGACUACAUCCACUUCAGGCACCACGUCUGGGCAGCAAACAACCGAGAAGGCGAUGAGAAGGAAGUACAACUGACUGAAGUGGGGCCGAGGUUCGUCAUGCGGCCAUUCAAGAUCGAGCUUGGCACUGUGGAUAUGCGCGACCUGGAAACCGAGUGGGCAUUGCGGCCGUACUUCAACACGAGGAAACUGGCCCUUACUGCAGAGUGA